AUGAGUGACACGGACUCAGAUGAAGAUUACUUUUCUAGACGCCAUAGAAGGAGACGAGCUAAUGCGGCGAUGGUGGUGAGGACAAUAAUGUGGCAACAAUCAAUCUCUCUCAUGGAUCAACAACCCGAGCAUAUUGAGGUAAAAAGAAGACGUUAUUCCAUUAGGAAUAGGGUUCUUCAUGAUGCUAUUAUGAUGCGUGAUUAUUUUACCGGUGGUAAACUCACUUAUUCGGAAAAGAAUUUUCAUGACCGUCUACGUAUGAAAAGAGAAUUAUUUCUUAAAAUUAAAGAUAAUUUGUGUGAAAGGGACCCGGAGUGGCCUCAAGGAAUAGAUGCACUUGGAAUCCCGGGUCAUUCUCCACAUAUGAAAACGCUAGCUUGUCUUAGGUUACUUGAUACGGGGCAAUCGGCCGACUCGAUAGAUGAUUAUGUGAGAAUGGGUAAAACAACUCUAUAUAAGAAGUUGAAGAGAUUCGUUAGAAACAUAGUUAGGCGUUAUGGCGGGGAGUACUUGCGCAACCCAAACCAAGAUGAUAUUAACCGCAUUUUAGCCGAGAAUGAAGCAAGGGGUUUUCCGAGUAUGCUUGGGAGUGUGGAUUGCAUGCAUUGGCCUUGGAAGAAUUGUCCUUCGUCUUGGGCGGGAUAUUAUGCAUCUUAUAAAGGUGAACCGAUGAUAGUUUUGGAAGGGGUUUCUACUUAUGAUUUGUGGUUUUGGCAUGCAUAUUUUGGGAGUCCCGGAUCAAAUAAUGAUCUUAAUGUACUUAAUACAUCUCCAUUGUUCGAUGGUAUCUUCGAUGAAAAUGCUCCAAAAGUUGAUUUUCAAGUAGGUGGUGGAAGAUUUGAUAUGGGUUACUACUUGACCGAUGGGAUAUAUCCUAAGUUAUCCACUAUUGUGCAAGCUUAUAAGAAACCAACAAACCUGAGACAAAGAUGUUUUACCAAGAUGCAAGAAGGGGCUCGGAAAGAUGUUGAGCGUGCAUUUGGUGUUCUACAAGCAAAAUGGAAUAUAGUGAGAGGUCCGGUUGAACAUUGGGAUGAAGAAGACUUAGAAUUCAUAAUGUUGGCUUGUGUGAUAUUGCAUAACAUGAUAAUUGAACACGAGAGGCGAGAUAGGGCAUGGAGAACCUUUGGGGAUGAAGACUAUAGGGUAUACUAUGAUAUUGUACCUCGCGGAGCCGUUAACUAUCAUGAGUUAAAACAUGAACCCUUGUAUAAUGAUCUUCGACUAAGAUUGAUAAAUCAUGUUUGGGAUAUGUUUGGUAACAACAUGGCACCGGAACAAGCGGAGGAAGCACAAUACAUGGAUAAACCGUAA